AAUUUGCAGGAUUGGUGGGACUCCUCAAGAUGCGGGCUCUUAUCAUUAUUUUCGCUCUCAUUGCAACUGCCUACUCUCUAUGUAUAGUUAACGGGAAGCGUUACAAGGAAAACGAGAAAUGGAGAGACAGUGAAAAUUCGCCUUUUGUCAAGCAGUGCAAGAAAGGAAAACAUGGCUGGAAACCAGAAGUGGUAGAAUGCGUCAUCGAAGAUAUGAGAAUCCCUAGAAAUGCACAUGUUGAAAAAAACGGGAUAAGAUGCUAUUGUGAGGAGUUAGCAGGCGACGUUACGGCCUACUGUAUGUAACAACCGACA